AACUGCUAACAGCCUAGUCAGUUUAGCCGAAGAUACCAAAAAAAUGGCUGAAAGAUUGCGGUUUUAUCCUUUCGGGCUUUCCGCUCAAAAGCAGAUUAAUGACUUUCUGGCUGAACCAGAACGAGACGAUAUUCAAAAAAAUGUUCUUGUUUCCGAACCAGUGGAAAGUAUAACUUUCCAAAAAAAACAGUUGAAAGACCUUGACCUUCUUUUAACAACUAGCGAAAAUAAGGAAAUAUUUAUUUUUGACGAAGCCGAUAACGCUCUGGAUGAAAAAAACAAGAAGGAAUUUCGCCAAAAAAUAGAGAAAAUUAGCAAAAAAAAAUUAGACAUUGAAGCCCAGUUGCGAAAACUUAUCUCUGAGAAAAAAGAGUUGAAAAAGAAGUUUUUGGAUAAGUUGAAAGACUUAUCUAGACAAGAAAAAGAAAAUAAAGUGGAAAUCUUACAAUUGGAAAGAAAAAUGACUUCCGGAGUCUUGCCAACUGAACGAGAAGAAAUAAUGAAAGAAAUCCAAAAACUUAAUGCUUAUAAUAUUACGUUAGAGCAAGGAUUCAAAAAGAGAAAAAUUGAUGCGGAUGGAGAAAAUUUGGCCGAAUUUAGAGAAAAAAUUAAAAACGAUAAUGGGUUUGCUAAAAAAUAUGGUGAAUUGGGCCCGGUUUAUG